AUGUCACUUCGCACGAGGCUACGGUUGGCCGUGGCUACCGGUUUGAUCGUGAUAGCGCUACUAUACUUGACGAGUAAUCGAUGGAGCGUCCCAACACUGGGGUAUAAUAAAAGCCCGGUUCAUGCGCCAGCAAAACCCGUCGAGAACAGCCCAGAGCUUCAUGCUUCCUUCUGGAGCGCAUUCCAGCCCGUUUUAGAUCAAUAUGCUCCUACCUGUGCACCACCGAAACGAGAUGGUAAAGCUGAGAUGAAGGACAUUGGCUUUCUUCCCAACAAAGAUGACCAAAAACGGCCGGAUCAUAUGAGAAUGGAUGUCAAGGACGUUGAGUUAAUGAAGAAGUUACAUACUGAGUUCGUCGGCGAGGUUAACAGUGGCCGCCAUCAACCUUACUACGCCCCGGGGACCCGUGGUUUGGUAUCUACGGCCGGAGGUAAAUAUCUCCCAGUCCUGACUGUCUCCCUUCGUAUGCUUCGCAACAGAGGCUGCUCCUUACCAAUGGAAGUCUUCCUGGCAUCAAACGACGAGUUUGAACCAUAUAUUUGCAACCAAGUGUUCCCGGCCCUACAGGCUAAAUGCGUCGUCCUCGAGAAUAUGCUGAAAGCAGCGCCUAAGAACGUUACAAUCUCUCAUUAUCAGUAUAAGAUAUUUGCCAUGCUCUUCUCGUCAUUUGAGGAACUCCUCUUCCUCGACGCUGACGCCUUUCCCCUCCACGACCCCAACGAAUUGUUCCAUAAUGAACCGUUCUCCUCCGGAAAGAUGGUUCUAUUCCCUGACUUUUGGGCCUCAAGUGCAUCACACCAAUACUAUACCAUCGCUUCCUCGCAAAUCCCGAAAAUGAAUGCGCGGGCUUCAACUGAAUCUGGGGAAAUCCUGCUCUCCAAAAAGCAUCACGCAAAGACCCUGCUACUUUCAGCAUACUACAAUGUUUACGGCCCGAAUUAUUACUAUCCGCUUCUCUCCCAAGGUGCAGCGGGAGAAGGGGAUAAAGAAACCUUCCUCACUGCAGCCACGGCUGUCGGUGACUCUUUCUAUCAGGUUAGCGAGCGCCUGCGUGCAAUUGGGCAUAAUUCACCCGGUGGUAUGGCUGGCUCGGCCAUGGUUCAGUUCGAUCCCACGGAAGAUUAUAAACUGACCCAAAAGGGACUUUGGCGCGUUAUGAAUGAGUCCGUCGCUCCACCUCCCAGGCCAUUCUUUAUCCACGUGAAUGUUCCAAAGUUCAACCCUGCUACAAUUUUCGACAAGCACCCCAUCGACCCCGUUCGAAACCACGAAGGCAAAUUUAUUCGACCAUGGACUGUACCGGAAGAAACUAUCAAACUGAUCGGAGAAGGCGUUGAGAGGCAAUUCUGGACAGAAAUGAAGUGGGUUGCCUGCGAGCUCGAGAAGAAAUUCAAAUCUUGGGAAAAACUUGAGCAUGUUUGCGAGAAAUUGACGAAUUAUUGGAAUGAGAUCUUUGAGAAGAAGCCAAAGCAAUAG